GUCCAAUCAUAAGAAGAAGACGGACGAAGAAGACGGACGAAGAAGAAGGAGAAGACGAAGAAGAAGGAGCAUGCCUGCCAAGACUACAGUCAAAGGGUGACUGACGGAAGUUUCACGAAAGAACCGGAAGGACACUUUCUGUUCCCUGCCAGCACCACGUUGCACCGCCCUCUCUCUAUCUCACUCUCUUUCCCUCUCUCUCUGCGCAAGUUUGCUUGGUAUUGUCGUCCGUUUUGGGCACUUUUCUUUAUCGCCGCUUUCUUUGUCGCCCACAUUCCACGCGUCUCCCCACCGGUGGCCCGCCCGCCUCGCCCUGGCGACACACCGCGCCAUACACUUCACUUCACUCACUCCUCGUCCGUCAAUAUGGAAUACUCGGAAAAGGCCACAAUGAAGAUGGAUUACUCCCCUCACGGCUCCGGUUUGGGCUCUCCAGACGACGUGGAACUGCCCGAGUACGGCGAACACGUGGCUCAGAAGCCGAAAUGGACGACCCGAGUCGUCGACAGCUUCAAGCGCGACCCUAAUGCCCAUGCCACUCCCAAGGCCGUCGUCGGCGCCGAUGGACGAGUCUUCGACGUCGACAGCGCGGCCCACGGUACCGCAUCUUCGCCCCUGUCGCGAACGCUGAAAGGUCGUCACCUGCAAAUGAUUGCGAUUGGAGGUUCCAUUGGUACCGGGCUGUUCGUGGGAUCGGGUUCUGCGCUCGCAACAGGAGGGCCGGCGUCUCUGAUUAUUGCUUUCGCCCUCAUCGGUAUCAUGAUGUACACCACCGUUCACGCCCUGGGAGAAAUGGCCGUGCUCUUCCCCGUAUCCGGAUCCUUCUCUGCCUACUCGACACGCUUCAUCGACCCCGCGUGGGGCUUUGCGAUGGGUUGGAAUUAUGCCAUGCAAUGGCUCGUUGUCUUGCCUCUGGAAAUCGUCGCUGCUACUAUCACCAUCGAGUACUGGAGCAAUGGCAGCAUCAACAACGACGCCUGGGUCGCCAUCUUCCUGGUCCUGAUCGUCACCAUCAAUCUGUUCGGAGUCAAGGGCUACGGUGAAGCCGAGUUCUUCUUCGCCAUCAUCAAGGUCAUUGCCAUUGUGGGCUACAUCAUCCUGGGCAUCAUCUUGAACUGCGGUGGUGGAGCGGGCGGCGCAUCCGAAGACCUGCUCCAAUACUCCGCAUCCUACGCCCUGGUCAGCGAGAGAUCAUACAUUGGUGGAAAGUUCUGGUACAACCCUGGUGCCUUCAAUCACGGAUUCAAAGGGCUGUGCUCUGUGUUCGUUACUGCAGCUUUUGCCUUCGCAGGUACUGAGCUGGUUGGACUGGCGGCAGCAGAGACAGAAAACCCGAGAAAAUCGCUCCCUACGGCUGUUAAGCAGGUCUUCUGGAGAAUUGCCCUUUUCUACAUUGUUUCGCUCACGAUUGUGGGCGUUUUGGUCCCGUAUGAUGACACGCGUCUGGUGAAUGGAGGCUCCAGCUACGAUGCGAAAGCCUCGCCCUUUGUCAUUUCCAUCGUCAACGCUGGCAUCACGGGACUGCCAUCCGUAUUCAACGUGGUCAUCAUGAUUGCGGUGCUUUCCGUGGGGAAUUCCUCCAUCUAUGGCUCUUCUCGCACCCUCGCCGCCUUGGCCGAUCAGAAUCAGGCACCCAAGAUCCUCGGCUAUAUCGAUCGCAAAGGUCGACCGAUUGCCGCGAUUGGUGUGGCCAGUGUUCUGGGCCUGUUGGCCUUCUUCGCAGGCUCUUCCAAGCAGACCGAAGCCUUCAAUUGGAUGUUAGCGCUCUCCGGUCUCUCCUCCAUCAUCACCUGGGGCAGCAUUUGUCUGGCCCACAUCCGCUUCCGCGCGGGCUGGAAGAGACAGGGACACAGCCUUUCCGAACUCGCAUUCCGCUCGCAGCCGGGCAUCAUUGGAUCGUGGAUCGGAUUCCUCUUCAAUUGCCUCGUGCUCGUGACGCAAUUCUGGACGGGUGCUUGGCCCAUUGGAUACGCCAGCAUGAGUGCGAGCGACCGCGUUCAACUCUUUUUCCUGGCCUAUCUGGCUGCACCCAUUGUCCUCAUCACCUAUGUCGGGUAUAAAAUCUGGAAGAAAACGCCCUUUAUCCGUUCUCACAAUAUGGAUCUGCAUACUGGUAUCCGUGACCUAAAUAUCGCCGAGCUCAUUGAAGAAGAACGGCUCGAACGAGCGACAUGGCCUACGUGGAAACGAAUCUACAAGAUCAUCUGCUAACAGCAAGAUCCGAAUCUUGUUGUAUCUUUCCAGUCUUGCAUCCUUCCAUUGAGCGUAUCUGGCAGGCGAGGGAUGAGUUUUACUUGCAUUUGAACUUUUGUUGUGCAUCGGGGCUGUAUACGCCCCUUUGGGGAGGGAGGGGGUAAACGGGAUGUGUAGGCGGUGAUGUGAUGUGAUCUGAUGUGAUGUGAUAUGAAUGACCCGAUUCAUUGGAAUGGAAUAGAAUGGUAGGACAUGUAUAUGGAAAUAUAUGUCUUGCAAUACGAGCUGAGAGUAGCAUCAUUCAUCUAUUCAUCUCUUCGUCUCUUCAUCUAUUCAAAGAAGGGGAAAAGGGGGAAAAGGAGGAAAGGAGGAAAAGGGGGAAAGGAGGAAAAGGAGAAAGGAGGAAAAGGAGAAAGAGGAGGAGAAGGGCAGAGAGUAAAGGUGCAUGUAUGCAUCAAUAUAGUAGUGAUAAUUAGAUGAUAUGAU